AGAGCGGUGCACUUGACGAUGUCCCUUCCUUGGACUGUGCAAUAGGAAUCUGUGAGCUCGCACUGAUUUGUCUCUCUCACCGUUGGGCUGGGACCGUUAUAUUUAUAAACGCCUUUCCCUUACUUACGGGCCUUUUACUGUUAUUUUUCCAACAUGCCUCGCUCUUUUCUUGUUAAGAAACAUUUUAACUCAGCUAAGAAGCCUAAUUACAGUGAACUGGACAGCCCCACAGUGUUCAUUUCGCCGUAUCUGUAUAAGAGUUUCUCGGUGCCCGCCAUCCCCCAGCCGGAGGUGCUGAGCUCGGUGGCGUAUAACCCCAUCACGGUGUGGACUACCAGCAGCCUGCCACUCUCCCCGCUGCCCAGCGACCUCUCCCCCGUAUCCGGAUACCCUUCGUCGCUAGGACGCGUCAGUCCGCCGCCGCUUUCUGACACGUCCUCCAAAGCCCCGAGCGGCUCCGCGAGCCCCGUGAGCGAUGGAGACGAGCGACUGCACGCGAAGCUGAGCGAAACGGAGCCGCACGCCGCCGAGGCCGAGAAGUUCCAAUGCGCGCUGUGCAACAAGUCCUACUCGACCUACUCCGGACUGUUAAAGCAUAAGCAGCUGCACUGCGACGCGCAGGCGAGGAAGUCCUUCAGCUGUAAAUACUGCGAAAAGGAGUAUGUGAGCCUUGGGGCGCUCAAGAUGCACAUCAGGACCCACACGCUGCCCUGCGUCUGCAAAAUCUGCGGAAAAGCCUUUUCCAGACCGUGGCUGCUCCAGGGACACAUCCGGACACACACUGGUGAAAAGCCCUUCUCGUGCCCGCACUGUAGCCGAGCUUUUGCAGACAGGUCCAACCUCAGGGCUCACCUACAAACCCAUUCUGAUGUGAAAAAGUACCAAUGCAAGAACUGCUCGAAAACCUUCUCCAGAAUGUCCCUUCUGCACAAGCAUGAGGAAUCUGGCUGCUGUGUAGCACACUGAGAUGAGGCCUCUGCACAGACUCUUACUACUCCAGUGGAGCUUCCAGCUUUGAGACUGUAUGCAACCAAAAAGCCAAAACCGUUUCAUUUCAAUUUUGUAUUUUCUACCAGUUCUCUCAUUUGUUUCAGUUAAACAGUGUUUUUUUUUUUUAAUUAUUUAACUCUAACCUUUCAAGCAGUGUUUUUUUUCAUAACAAGUGCCUGAAUUGUUCAUACAGUAAGUGGGACUUUUUUUUUUGAAGAACUCCGCCAAAUGUUUUAUUGUAACCACUGCUGGUUAUGCAGUGUGUGCCAGGAAUGGUAUUAGGCAGAGUAUGUACCUUACCUUUUAUCUGCACCUUGAACACGUUGAAACGGCACACAUUCUGUGUGGUUUAUAGGAGGACAUUCAGCUGAUGGAAAAAUUGAAGCCAUUGUUGUUCAGGGAACAAGUGCAAGACUUUUUUGUUUCAGAGAAGCAAAAGUGUUCAAACUUUUGUUGCACAAUCAUAAUGCAAUAACUGUUCUUCAGCACUCCAAAAAGCAAUACUCCUUCAAGUGCCUUUGAUUUGGCAAUUAUGCAAUGUUUCUAAAUAUUUUUUUCAUUUAUAUUUUUAUAUAUUUGAAUGUAUUGUGCAAGUGAAGUGUGUGAACUGGGGCUGAACGAAUGAGUGGAAAUGAGUGAAUGAAUGAAUUAGUGCUGUUUUUUUUUUUUUUUUUACACAACUUAAAUAAAA